AUGAAGGUCUUCUCCAACUCCGUCACCUUUGACUACUCUUGGGAGGAGGUCUCGACGGCCAACUGGCGCAAGUACUGUCCGUGGAACGACAAAUCGACGCACGUCAUCGCCGUCGACACCCUCUCCCGCUCCGUCGACCCCGAGACAGGCGUCCUCCGGACCGAGCGGCUCAUCACGUGCCGUCAGAGUGUGCCCGACUGGCUCAAGACCCUGUUGGGCAACGUCGUCUGCAACGGGGGUGAGAGCCACGUGUUCGAGACGUCCUACGUCAACACCAACGCCCGCACCGUCACCAUGGUCAGCCAGAACGUCACCUGGUCCAACCUACUGAGCGUCCAGGAAACGGUCGUCUACCGGCCGGCCGAGAACAGCCCCGGCUCGCCCUCUCCCCAUCACACCCAGUUCGUCCAGGACGCCAAGAUCACCGCGCUCUGCGGCGGCUGGCAGCGCAUCCGCAACGCCAUCGAGGACAGCCUCGUGACGCGCUUCCGUGACAACGCCGCCAAGGGCCGUGAGGGCUUUGAGUCCGUCCUCGCCAUGAGUCGCCGCGUCUUUGCCGAGGAGAAGGAGCGCGAGAAACUGCUGGCUUCGGCUACUGCUGCUGCCGUUGCUGCCGCUGGCAACCCGUUCCAUUUGAGCGAGAAGAUCAGUGCUGCCAGCAGCAGCAAUGCGGCGCAGAUGGUCGCCCAAUAA